GUAGCGAUCACGAGAAUGGAGUUGAAAAGUGAGAAAGUUUCUGUUAAGUCUGAUCAAUCUUUAACGGCAGAUUGGGUGAUAGUGAAUGACGCACAGCUCAUAGAGGAUCUCGCGUCGGACUACAACCAGUAUCUAAACUUUGAUCUUUCAAAAGAUGAAGUCAAGUUCUUUGAGAGUGUUGAAGACAUGCUUACCAAGUUGGAUGAAUUCUGUGCAUUAACGGACAUGAUUCGGAGUGAUAUUUCACUUUGUUUGACAAAAACCCUUCCAGGAAUUGAGGCGAAGUGUCGUGACAUGGAAGCAGUAUUUGACAAGAUAGACAAGCUGGAGGCAUUUAUCAGCAUUGUGCGACAGAACAUAUCCCAGAUGGAAGAGCAAGUGAGCCGCGUGGAGGAGGAACACAGUUCGUUUGGGGGCAUUAUGAAGAAACUCACCAGUAUCGUUAGUCCUAAAAGAAAACACGAAACACAGAGUAAAUCUCAACAAGCACCAGGAUUCCAGCCUCUUGCUAUCUUUAAUACCAAUGACUACUUCAGCCAGGUUCCCACAACAAGUGCCACUGGUGUGAAACAGACAGUCGCCCAUACAGACAACAGUCGCCAGAACAUAACACACAAACCUGUGCAUCCAGCUGUUGAAAGUUCCAGAGAUAUGCAUAUAGCUGUUGAAAGUUCCAGAGAUGUACAUCCAGCUGUUGAAAGUUCCAAAGAUGUGCAUCCAUCUGUUGAAAGUCCCACAGAUGUGCAGCCAUCUGUUGAAAGUCCCACAGAUGUGCAGCCAUUUGUUGAAAGUCCUACAGAUGUUGGUCAUCAAAAUGUUGACAAUACUGAAGCAGCUGCUGAGUAACCUGUGCACGUCAGAGCUGUUGUAACUGUCAGGAGAUGCUGUUCAUCAUCAAAUACACUGACCCUACUUGUUAUGUGUAAAAUAUGUUCACCUAUUCAGGGAACAUUGUAUUCAGUAUCACAUGGUCUUUGAUAUACCCAUUCAGGGAACAUUGUAUUCAGUAUCGCUUGGCCUUUGAUAUACCCAUUCAGGGAACAUUGUAUUCAGUAUCACAUGGUCUUUGAUAUACCCAUUCAGGGAACAUUGUAUUCAGUAUCACAUGGCCUUUGAUAUACCCAUUCAGGGAACAUUGUAUUCAGUAUCGCUUGGCCUUUGAUAUACCCAUUAUAGGACACUGGCUGGGGCAGAAAACAACACCAACAGUGGGUCCAGCAAGAAGAUUCGAUCCUAUUACCCAGGCAUCCCAGGAUUAAGUUAGAGCACAUUGAUUAAUUUAAGUAUCACCUAUUGGAUGUCUUGACAUUUAGUAAUUCUGACUCAUAGUCAUUAGAGAAAACCCACUACAUUCUUCCAUUAGCAGCAAGAAAUCUUUUGUGUGCA